GGAAAGGAGGGGUGUUAAGGGGGGCGGGGGAAGUCAUUUAUGCAGAGCAGGCGCUGCUGCCAUUGCCACUCAGAAUCCCCGCGCGCUGCUCGGAGCCGGAGGGAUCGCAGGGAGCGAGCAAGCGAGCGCUCGGAGCCUGGGCCAGCAGAGGGGGCGCCCGGUCGCUGCCUGCACCGCUCUCACUGGCUGUCUCCGCCGCGCUCGGGGGCCCCGGGAGGAACGAGAGCGAGUCGGAGAGUCCGGGAGCCGAGCCCGGCGAAGCCCAACUGCGGAGGACGCCCGCCCCACUCAGCCGCCUCCUGCGCCCGAGCCGGGGAGCAUCGCCGAGCGCUCCGCGGGCCGGAGAGCUGGGAGCACAGGUCCCCGCGGCCCCAGGGAUGGUCUAGAAGCCGGCGCGAGGCUCGCUGCUCUGCUCCGUGCGGGGGCUAGCCGCCUCCUACCGAUCGCCCGGGGCUGCGAGCUGCGGCGGCCAGGGGCUGCGCGCCGGGCGGCCCAGGCCGGAGAAGUUAGUUGUGCGCGCCCUUAGUGCGCUGAGCCAGCCAGCCAGCGAGCUAGGGAGCAGCGAGGCGCCAGGACGAUGGGCUGGGGGAGCCGCUGCUGCUGCCCAGGACGCCUGGACCUGCUGUGCGUCCUGGCGCUGCUCGGGGGCUGCCUGCUCCCGGUGUGCAGGACGCGCGUCUACACCAACCACUGGGCAGUCAAAAUCGCCGGGGGCUUCUCGGAGGCCGACCGCAUCGCCAGCAAGUACGGAUUCAUCAACAUAGGACAGAUAGGGGCUCUGAAGGACUACUACCACUUCUACCAUAGCAGGACAAUUAAAAGGUCAGUUAUCUCGAGCAGAGGGACCCACAGUUUCAUUUCAAUGGAGCCAAAGGUGGAAUGGGUCCAACAGCAAGUGGUUAGAAAGCGGACAAAGAGGGAUUAUGACUUCAGUCGUGCCCAGUCUACCUAUUUCAACGAUCCCAAGUGGCCAAGCAUGUGGUAUAUGCACUGCAGUGACAAUACACAUCCCUGCCAGUCUGACAUGAAUAUCGAAGGAGCUUGGAAGAGAGGCUACACGGGAAAGAACGUUGUGGUCACCAUUCUGGAUGAUGGAAUUGAGAGAACCCAUCCAGAUCUGAUGCAAAACUACGAUGCUCUGGCAAGUUGUGACGUGAAUGGAAAUGACUUGGACCCAAUGCCUCGUUACGAUGCAAGCAACGAGAACAAGCACGGGACUCGCUGUGCUGGUGAAGUGGCAGCCGCUGCAAACAACUCACACUGCACAGUCGGAAUUGCUUUCAACGCCAAGAUCGGAGGUAUGGGAAACCAACUUACUUACUGCCGGGCUAUCUGCGAGGGGCGGAGAGGCCUUGGCUCUGUGUUUGUUUGGGCAUCUGGAAAUGGCGGAAGGAGCAAAGACCACUGCUCCUGUGAUGGCUACACCAACAGCAUCUACACCAUCUCCAUCAGCAGCACUGCAGAAAGCGGAAAGAAACCUUGGUACCUGGAAGAGUGUUCAUCCACGCUGGCCACAACCUACAGCAGCGGGGAGUCCUACGAUAAGAAAAUCAUCACUACAGAUCUGAGGCAGCGCUGCACAGACAACCACACUGGGACGUCAGCCUCAGCCCCCAUGGCUGCAGGCAUCAUUGCUCUGGCGCUGGAAGCCAAUCCGUUUCUGACCUGGAGAGACGUACAGCAUGUUAUUGUCAGGACUUCCCGUGCGGGACAUUUGAACGCUAAUGACUGGAAAACCAAUGCUGCUGGUUUUAAGGUGAGCCAUCUUUAUGGAUUUGGACUGAUGGACGCAGAAGCCAUGGUGAUGGAGGCAGAGAAGUGGACCACUGUUCCCCGGCAACACGUGUGUGUGGAGAGCACAGACCGACAAAUCAAGACAAUCCGCCCUAACAGUGCAGUGCGCUCCAUCUACAAAGCUUCGGGCUGCUCGGAUAACCCCAAUCGACAUGUCAACUACCUGGAGCACGUGGUUGUGCGCAUCACCAUCACUCAUCCCCGGAGAGGAGACCUGGCCAUCUAUCUGACCUCACCCUCGGGAACUAGGUCUCAGCUUUUGGCCAACAGGCUAUUUGAUCAUUCCAUGGAAGGAUUUAAAAACUGGGAGUUCAUGACCAUUCAUUGCUGGGGAGAACGAGCUGCUGGUGACUGGGUCCUUGAAGUGUAUGAUACUCCCUCUCAGCUAAGGAACUUUAAGACUCCAGGUAAAUUGAAAGAAUGGUCUUUGGUCCUCUAUGGCACCUCCGUGCAGCCAUAUUCACCAACCAAUGAAUUUCCUAAAGUGGAACGCUUCCGCUAUAGCCGAGUUGAAGACCCUACAGAUGACUACGGCACAGAGGAUUAUGCAGGUCCCUGCGACCCUGAGUGCAGUGAGGUUGGCUGUGACGGGCCAGGACCAGACCACUGCAGUGACUGUUUGCACUACUACUACAAGCUGAAAAACAAUACCAGGAUCUGUGUCUCCAGCUGCCCCCCUGGCCACUACCAUGCCGACAAGAAGCGCUGCAGGAAGUGUGCCCCCAACUGUGAGUCCUGCUUUGGGAGCCAUGGUGACCAGUGCCUGUCCUGCAAAUAUGGAUACUUUCUGAAUGAAGAAAUCAACAGCUGUGUUACUCACUGCCCUGAUGGGUCAUAUCAGGACACCAAGAAAAAUGUUUGCCGGAAGUGCAGUGAAAACUGCAAGACAUGUACCGAAUUCCAUAACUGUACAGAAUGUAGGGAUGGGUUAAGCCUGCAGGGAUCCCGGUGUUCUGUCUCCUGUGAAGAUGGACGAUACUUCAAUGGCCAGAACUGCCAGCCCUGCCACCGCUUCUGCGCCACGUGUGCUGGAGCAGGAGCUGAUGGGUGCAUUAACUGCACAGAGGGCUACUUCAUGGAGGAUGGGAGAUGCGUGCAGAGCUGCAGUAUCAGCUAUUACUUUGACCACUCUUCAGAGAAUGGAUACAAAUCCUGCAAAAAAUGUGAUACCAGUUGUUUGACGUGCAAUGGCCCAGGAUUUAAGAACUGUACAAGCUGCCCCAGUGGGUAUCUCUUAGACUUAGGAAUGUGUCAAAUGGGAGCCAUUUGCAAGGAUGGAGAAUACGUUGAUGAGCAUGGUCACUGCCAGACCUGUGAGGCCUCAUGUGCCAAGUGCCAGGGACCAACCCAGGAAGACUGCACUGCCUGUCCCAUGACAAGGAUUUUAGAUGAUGGCCAUUGUGUAUCGAACUGUCCCUCAUGGAAAUUUGAAUUUGAGAACCGAUGCCAUCCAUGCCACCACACCUGCCAGAGAUGCCAAGGAAGUGGGCCUACCCACUGUACCUCCUGCGGAGCAGACAACUAUGGCCGAGAGCACUUCCUGUACCAGGGAGAGUGUCGAGAUAGCUGCCCAGAUGGCCACUACCCCACAGAGGGGAACACCUGCCUGCCCUGCCCAGACAACUGUGAGCUUUGCCACAGUUCACAUUUCUGCACAAGAUGCAUGAGGGGUUACUUCAUAGCGCCCACCAACCACACAUGCCAGAAGUUGGAGUGUGGACGAGGUGAAGUCCAAGACCCAGACUAUGAAGAAUGUGUCCCUUGUGAAGAAGGAUGUCUGGGAUGUAGCUUGGAUGAUCCGGGAACCUGCACAUCUUGCACUAUGGGGUAUUACAUGUUUGAUCACCAUUGUUAUAAAAUCUGUCCUGAGAAGACCUAUAGUGAGGAACUGGAAUGCAAGGCAUGCAGUAGCAACUGCGGCAGCUGUGACCAGAACGAGUGUUACUGGUGUGAAGAGGGCUUCUUUCUCUUGAAUGGCAGCUGUGUGAGGCAAUGUGGCCCUGGCUUCUAUGGUGACCGAGAAAUGGGAGAAUGUGAGCCCUGCCACCGAGCGUGCAAGACCUGCACAGGCCCCGGCCGUGACGAGUGCAGGAGCUGCCCAAAAGGACUGCAGCCGCUGCGUGGGACGUGUGUGCAUGCCACCCAGAUCCAGGUGGAGGGCAAAUUCUGGAACGAAGCUGUGCCCACUGCAAACCUAUCUGUGGUGAAGAGCCUGCUGCAGGAACGACGAAGGUGGAAAGUUCAAAUCAAAAGAGAUAUUUUGAAAAAAUACGAGGCUUGUCAUCAUUCUUGUAAAACCUGCAAUGGAUCUGCAACCCUGUGCACCUCAUGUCCCAAAGGUGCAUAUCUGUUGGCUCAGGCCUGUGUUUCCUCCUGUCCUCAAGGCACAUGGCCCUCUGUAAGCAGCAGCAGAUGUGAGAACUGUACAGAGACCUGUGCCGUCUGCUCUGGAGCCAGUCUUUGUGAAAAGUGCCAGAUGCAGCCUGGCCACCCUCUCUUCCUCCAUGAAGGCAGGUGCCUCUCCAAGUGCCUGGAGGGCUUCUAUGCAGAAGACGGCGUAUGCGAACGCUGUAGCUCUCCUUGCAGAACGUGUGAAGGAAAUGCCACCAACUGCCAUUCUUGUGAAGGAGCCCUCGUCCUGCACCACGGAGUGUGCCAGGAAACCUGCCCUGAGAGGCACGUGGCUGUGGGGGGGGUGUGCAAGCACUGCCCAGAGAUGUGUCAGGACUGCAUCCAUGAGAAAACAUGCAAAGAGUGCAUGCCUGAGUUCUUCCUGCACAAUGAUGUGUGCCACCAGUCCUGUCCCCGUGGCUCCUAUGCGGACUCACGCCGCUGUGUCCCCUGCCAUAAAGACUGCCUGGAAUGCAGUGGCCCCAACGCUGACGACUGCGAGCUCUGUCUUGAGAGUUCCUGGGUCCUCUACGAUGGGCUGUGCUUGGAGGAGUGUCCGGCAGGAACCUAUUAUGAAAAAGAGACUAAGGAGUGCAGAGAUUGCCACAAAUCCUGCUUGACCUGCUCAUCAUCUGGGACCUGCACUACCUGUCAGAAAGGCCUGAUGAAGAACUCCCGUGGGAGCUGCGUGGCCAUUGAGGAAUGCAGUCCCGACGAGUACUGGGAUGAGGAUGCUACUAGGUGCAAGCUCUGCCACGCUAAGUGCUUCCACUGCACGGGGCCGGCGGAGGACCAGUGCCGCACGUGCCACAGGGACAGCCUGCUUCUCAACACAACCUGUGUGAAGGACUGCCCAGAGGGCUACUAUGCCGAUGAGGACAGCCACCGGUGUGCCCGCUGCCACAGCUCUUGCAGGACGUGUGACGGGAGACACAGCAGACAGUGCCACUCCUGCCACCCGGGCUGGUUUCAGCUGGGAAAAGAGUGCCUGCUCCCGUGCAGGGAAGGAUAUUACGCAGAAAACUCCACCGGCCGGUGUGAGAGGUGCCACAGGAGCUGCGAGACGUGCCAGGGCCCACAGCCCACAGACUGCCUGUCUUGCGAUACAUUUUUCUUUCUCCUUCGCUCCAAAGGAGAAUGUCAUCGCACCUGCCCAGACCAUUAUUAUGCUGAGCAAAGGACACGGACCUGUGAGAGAUGCCAUCCGACCUGCGAUCAAUGCAAAGGAAAAGGAGCGUUGAAUUGCUUAACCUGUGUGUGGAGUUACCACCUCAUGGGAGGGAUCUGCACCUCGGAAUGUCUUGUUGGAGAAUACAGAGUGGGAGAGGGAAAGACAUUUAACUGUGAAAAAUGCCACGAGAGCUGCACGGAAUGCAAGGGACCAGGGGCCAAGAACUGCACCGUGUGCCCUGCCAACCUGGCGCUGCACUUGGACGACAGCCGCUGCCUCCACUGCUGCAACGCCUCUGAUCCCACCAGUGCUCAGGAGUGCUGUGACUGCCAGGACACCAUGGAAGAAUGCAUCCUUCGAACAAGCAACGUUGGGCCUGCAGCUGAGCACUUCAAGACAGCUCUGUUCAUCACCUCCUCUGUGAUGCUGGCCCUUCUGCUCGGGGCAGCUGUGGUUGUGUGGAGGAAAUCACGUGGCCGAGUCCAGGCAACAGAAAAGGCCGGCUAUGAAAAGCUGGCCGACCCCAGCAAGUCUUACUCCUCCUAUAAGAGCAGCUAUAGAGAGAGCACCAGCUUUGAAGAGGAUCAGGUGAUUGAGUACAGGGAUCGGGACUAUGAUGAGGAUGACGAUGAUGACAUCGUCUAUAUGGGCCAGGAUGGCACAGUCUACCGGAAAUUUAAGUAUGGGCUGCUGGAUGAUGAUGAUGAAGAUGAGUUGGAAUAUGAUGAUGAGAGUUACUCCUACCAGUAAACGGGCACACACACACCCCCCCCGGCCCACCCAUCAUUAUUCCACUCUCAGGCAUGCCUGUGAGCAUCACUGUUUUUGGUUUUAUCCACACACCAGGCUGAUGAGUGAGUGUUUCUAUUUGUCUUCUUUAAUCACAAGUCCAACCAGAAUAUAUAAUAUGAUGAAAUACUUUGUUCUUCUUUUGAAUGACUAAACUCAAUUAACAGUUCCUGUUCAACCAUAAUUGAGGAGCAAGGAUAAAAUUCAGAGAUAUUUUCCUCAAAAUACUAUGUCAAGACACAAAAAAUGCAGGAAAUAAGAACAAAUGAGAUUUGUGCAAACCCUUCUAUGUGAUUAAAAAAAAAAAAAAAAAAAA